AUGCUCCCGACACCAGAGAUCCCGCUACUACCCGAGAGUGUUUACGAGCCGGCAGAGGACUCCUAUCUCUUGCUAGAUUGCAUGGAACUGUGCAUUUCUGGGCUUCAAGAACGCAAGUAUCCCAUUGUGUGUGAGAUUGGUUCAGGCUCGGGUAUUGUUUCGACAUUCCUCAAGGCAAAUGUGUUUCCAAAGGGUCUAUUUUUUGCUACGGACUUGAAUCCAAAUGCUUGUGAAGCGGUGAUUGCAACCUAUAAUGCCAAUUGCAGCCAGCAAAAGUUCAAUACGUUUGAUGUACUACAAAUGUCUCUAACGCUGAGCAUCAGACCAAACGUUGUUGACGUAUUGGUGUUCAACCCCCCAUAUGUCCCAGCAGAAGUCGUUCCGGAUGUACCAACAACGAGAGAUCACUACACAUGGCUAGAUCUAGCACUUCUAGGGGGAGAAGAUGGCAUGGAGGUUACAUGGAUUGUUCUCUUAAAUCUUGAGAAGAUCUUGAGCCGAGAUGGUGUGGCAUACAUAUUGUUUUGUGCCCGAAACAAUCCAGACAAAGUCGAGGAGCUCAUGAAACAACGAGGCUGGUCUGUGCGCGUUAUCGAGAAAAGGAAAGCGGGCUGGGAGGUCUUGUCUGUUCUUGAAUUCAAGAGAAGCUGA